AUGAUCAUCGCAACAACAAACAUUUUUUUAUCCUUUUUGGCUUUUCUCGGCAAUACUCUGAUUUUGGUCGCCCUCAGCAAGGAAUCUUCUCUUCAUCCGCCAGCCAAACUGUUGUAUCGUUGUCUGGCAAUAACUGAUCUCUGCGUCGGUCUCAUAUCAGAGCCCUCGUCUGUUGUUUAUUGGCUGUCCUUAGUUCGUGAGGAUUGGAAACUUUGUCACCAUGCUCUGAAGAUGAGUUUUCUAAGCUACUAUAUUCUUUCUUUAGUUUCUCUCUUAACGAUGACUGCAAUAAGUGUGGACAGACUUCUCGCCUUGUUGCUGGGGCAGAGAUUCGGGCACGCUGUAACUCUGAAACGAACUUGUGUAAUUGUUGUCAUCAUUUGGGCUUUUUCGAUAACCGCUGGGAUAUCGCACGUUAUAAAUUACCGCGUAGCCGGCUGGUGUAGCUAUGGUGUUGUAUCGCUUUGUAUCAUAACAGCAACGUUAUCGUACAUAAAAAUUUUCUGUGCUCUCCGACAAAAUCAUGUACGAGGGCAAGUUUUUUUUCCACCACAGCCGGGCGAACCAGUUCCACUGAAUAUGAUUCGAUACAGAAAGGCUGUAAACAGUGCACUGUGGGUGCAGUUGGCAUUGAUCGUUUGCUAUCUGCCAUAUAGCAUAGCUACAGGACUUUUUCAAUCUCAAAAUGAACUGUCCUCGUUGGAGUUUGUAGUCUUGGAAAGUACAGUAACUUUAGUUUACUUAAACUCAUCGCUUAACCCGUUUCUUUAUUGCUGGAAGAUUGCUGAAGUAAGAAAAGAAGUGAAGGGGGCAAUCUCAAAAGCACUUUCCACUCUGCUGGGUUAUUCUAUUCAGAACAAUUAA